AUGGAUGUGGAAAGACUAAUAGAAGAAAUUCGUAAGUUCCCUGUGCUUUACGACGGGACAAAUGAAAAAUACCGGAAUACCGAAUACAAAGACAGAGUCUGGAAGAAAAUUGCAACUGAUUUGGAAGCCAAAGGACAAGCUGCUGUUCGUCAACAUAAAUAUAAGUAUGAAGAUCUUUUAACGUUCUUACUACCCUAUAUGGUAGAACGAGAAACAAUUUCAAAUAUUUCUUACACGAAAGAGAAUAUUGAGCAUGAACCAGAAUCUAAUACCCAAGAGGAACACUCUAUUGUUGAAGAAGAAGAAUCUACACAACAAGACAAUGCAGAUGAAGAACCAAUCAUUACAACUCAGAGUAGUAGUACACAAAAUUUGACAGAUCGCGCUGAGCAUUCUCAAACAUCCUCAGCUGAUUCUUCUGUCACUUUAAAUAAGCAGAACACGUUUAUGAAACCGCCAUUGAAACGAAAGCUUCAGCGUGAGGUUAAACCACCAGAAUCUGCAUCAAGCCAGCUCAUGGCUUACAUUUUGGCAGAAAAGGAAGCAGAAAAACGAGCUAAUAGACUGAUAAUAGAGAAGCAAGUACAAAACCCGAUUGAUGCUUUUUUAGCCGGCAUAGCACGAGCCCUAAAAUCGUUGCACCCACUGCUUUUUCAUCAAGCCAAAAGUACAAUAUUUUCAGUUGUACAAGAGUUUGAACUGAAACAACUCAUGAAUAACGAGCCAAUCCAUCAAUUCCCUCCAUCAUCUUCAAAUUCCUCACCAAGAUCUGUUUCAACACCAUAUCCUUCACCCGUGGAAAACGAGUCAUUAAACCCUUCUCAGCAACUUAUGCAUCAACAAAGAGAUUCACACAAUAACCAGAACCAUUCUAAGCUUCCCCUUAUCCUCGUCAGGAUCAUCUGUUGCACCUCUGGAAAAUAA